AGAAUGGACUGCGCUUUUGUGGGUCCACUUCACAGCCCAGAUUACUAUGAGUUUCAAGUGUUGUCGACCGGUAUUUUGUGAAAUUUAAGACGGUUUACGCGACGUGAGGCUGACAGCCGCACUAUGUAGGAGGGUGAACGUUACUAUGAUGUAGUGGCACGAAUGCCUGAUGCACGUAGGCUUCCACAGGGCAGGCGUUGAGAUUUGAAGUUGGUUAGAUGUUGAUGUUUUUAUAUUGCUGAAAUCCGCCUUGUGCUGGGGUGGGGGGCAUGAGCGGUGGUGGUCAGCCGUACCGGUCAGCAGGUCAGCCGUCCACAGACACCAGGUCCAGCGGGUCAGCAGGCUCGGGGUCCACCCCGGAGGAGGAAAGGAUCAAGAAACUGUUCCAGACGUGUGAUGGAGAUGGGGAUGGGUACAUCAGCAGACAAGACCUGUUGAUGGUUUGCUGUCAGUUGAACAUGGAAGACUCGGUACAGGAGAUUAUGGAACAGUUGGGCGCCGACGACAGAGGCCGCAUCUCGUAUGAUGAAUUCGUCCACUGUCGCACACAGUUGUUAGGUGAGAUAAACGACAUGCUUCCCAGACUGGAGCAGCAGCCAGAACCGGAGGCUGGGUCCAGUCUACAGGCUACACACAUGCAGUCCUGGCCUACAGGCAGCGAUAACAGUCUGGGGUCAUGUGGACCUGUACGUGAAGCGUGGGAGUAUGACUCUGGAGCACGAGAUCUCAGCCCAGAGCCCAGCAACCUUCACAAACUACUGGAGGCUGCCAGUUCCUCUGCGGCCAAUACGGGCGGAACUAACUACUUAGAGCUCGCUAACACGCUCCACUUGGCUGCCCUGGCCUCGCUGAAGGGAGAAAUUCUGGAGCUGAGUACCAGGUUACAGUCUACAGCGACUGAACGGGACACACUGGAGAAGAAACUGGCAAAAGCUCAGUGCGAACAUGUCCAACUUCUCCAACAACACGAGGACAAGGCAGACGCGCAGGCCGCACGGUACGAGGAACGCAUCACUGAGCUACACGGCGUCAUAGCAGAGUUACGGAAAAAGUUGAGCCGAGAGCAAGAUGCAACAAUAAGGGAAGAGGAAGAGGAAGAAAAUGUGUCACAAGUGAGCCAAGAAGACAGCAGUAGUAGCGUCAGUGGCCGUUUUAACUUCUCGAGAACUCUCCAAGAGUCCAACACAAAGGGUGACGACUUGAGUAUCCAGUUACAGAAAGUUGUGAGCACGUUGGAGAGCACGAUCGAGGGGCGGCGGCUACGGGAGAACAGUUCGCAAAGUUUUGCUGACGUGGACAGACAAGUGGAGGAACUUACGUCAGCGAACUGGCAAAUGGAAAAGAAUGCACAUGAAGCGGUAAAAGAAGUGGAGACCCUGAGAUUGGAACUUGGGACGCCGCGUAAGGCCCAGUCAGCGCGCUCGUCCUGGGCCGUGGGAGACAACAGCCUGGAACACCAGCUGCUGGACGCGAGGCAAGAAGCCGACAGUCUGCGGGGAAGCCUGCACAGUAAGGAGGAGGAGCUUAACAAGAUCCGAGCAUCGCUGGGCUCCGUGAGGGAAGAAAGAGACCGACUCAGACGCAGGGUGCGUGAGUUACAGACGAGGUUACAGAGUGUCCAGGCGUCGACUAGCUCCCCCUCCCACCGCCCCUCCCCCUCCCCCAGUCCUGGUGACUCCUCCUCUACAGAACUCCCCAUCCCGAAGGUCGCAGAACGCGUCCGACUCAAGUCUUCCCGCGCUGUGCUGGACAGACAUGUACUCGGCACCGAGCUGACUUCUAUGGGGGUAGAGAAUGCGAAGGUGGCGGAACACCUGUCCCAGUCGUUACAGGACUGCUCCAGUGUUCAGGAGAUCUUCCAGUCUGUGUACGCCGCGGGGUCUCCCAUGGCAGACAGCAGGGGCAGGGAGUUUGAGGUGGAAAUCGAGAGGUUGAACAGUCGUAUUGAGCACCUGAAGUCGCAGAACGACCUCCUGCAGCUGACCCUGGAGGAGAGUAAGGCCAACGCGGACAGGUUCAGCAUGCUGUGUGGGAAGUACGAGUCCAACAACACAGCCCUGCAGCUGGCCCUGUCAUACAGUGACCAGAUGCUAGAGGCCCUCGAGGUACAGCUGGCACUCAAGGAGACUGAACUGGGCUCUGUGCUGGCUUCAUGCAGGGCUGCAGGACUGGGGGCAUUUGGCGAUGGUGACACAGACCCAGAAGAAGCCACAGCGAUGUUAAAACGUGCUCACGACAACCGCAAGGCUGCAGAAAACGUGGCCAAGCAGCUGUUACAGCGGCUGGAUCGCAGCUGUGGAGCUGUGUGUGGGGUACAGGGGUGUACUGCACAGCCAUGGGAGGACCUGUCUUCUCAUUCACAUACCAGUACCACCAGCUCCACAGCCAGCAGCUGUGACACAGACUUCAGUAAGGACGACGAGUCUCGUCUCAAGGAUUACAUCCAGCAGCUGAAGAACGACCGUGCGGCCGUCAGACUGACCAUCAUGGAGCUGGAGUCGGUCCACAUCGACCCUGACCCGCUGACCCUGGAGCUGGUCAACCCCAGCGCCCAGCGGCUGGACCUGGAGAACGCUGUGCUCAUGCAGGAACUGACUGCCAUGAAGGAAGAGAAGGCAGAACUGAAGGCCCAGCUGUACUUGAUGGAGAAGGAGAAGAAGGCUCUGGAGCUGAAGAUCACGUCUCGAGAUGCCCAGGAGCAGGCCUACAAGGUGCAGAUCGACCAUCUCAAGUCAGAAGUCAAGGAGCAUCAGAGAGUACAAGACAACCAGGUGAAAGAAACAGAACAAAACAAUAUGUGUAAACGUAAUAAAAACUGUGACUUUAUAUCCCAGGUCGGUGUCCCCACACACACAGCCACACCAAUCACGACUUUGGAAGAACUGCGCGUUCACGUCGGGGGCGACACGGAGGUCUCACAAGCCUUGGCCGACGUGCUGCGCCGAGAAAAACGCCUCAAGGCUCGCAUCCAGGAACUGGUGACCACCUUGGAGACGGUACAGCGGAACAACGAAACCAGGCAUCAGCAGUCGGCAGAGUUUGUUAAUGAUCUUAAAAGGGCAAACAGUGGUCUUGUUGCAGCUUAUGAAAAGGCAAAGAAAAAACAUCAGAGUCGGCUGAAGAAACUGGAGUCUCAGAUGAUGGCCAUGGUCGACAGACACGAAACACAGGUGCGAAUGUUAACACAGAGGAUAGCGCUCUUGGAAGAGGAGAAUUCUCGACCACAGACCAACGAAACCUCCUUGUAGCAGCAGAAC